UUUCUGGUUUGCUGAAAGAGUUAAACAUUACACUUCAUAUAAUUAAACAGAAGGAAACUCCACCCUGUACCAACAGUUCCCAGCAUGAUAACGCAAUAGGUGACUUAUGCAGGUGAAUGGGGAGGAGCGGAAACAUUGCAUCUAUCUAGUGAUCCAACACUGUGCUGUCAGUCUACCUUGGAGACUGAAUACCUACAGCUGCGACUCUGAAACACUACAGCAGCUGCAUUAAUUCCUGUCAUCUUGUCUUGACUUCAGCUAUGCCGGUUUUUGGCUCAAAAGCUCAUCCCAGCAAGAACCAGGCUUUGCUGGUGUCGGUAAUGGAGUUUUACCACGGGGUUCCCCUGGCGCCCAGGAGAGGGGUAAAGAAAGAUACCAAACGGUUGCACAAGAUCCUGUCCGGACUGGGCUUUCAAGUGACUAUCCACAACGACCUGACAGCUGAGGAGAUCCGCCACGUCUUCAAGACAGCAAGUUUGGAGAUGGGUGGGACCUGCUUCGUGGGGGUCCUGUCCAGCCAUGGAGAGGAGGGGCUGGUUUUCGGGGCGGACGGGAAUGCAGUCAGGCUGGCAGAGAUCUUCAGCUGGUUCGGGGAUCCCGGGACAGCAGGGGUGACGAAGCUCUUUUUUGUUCAGGCCUGUCGUGGGAACGAGCUGGACAGUGGCGUGGAGCUGGAGGCAGACGGCGUGUCGGUCAGUGAAGGGGACAGCUUCUCUCCCUGCCUCUCCAUUCCCAUUAACUCUGCAGCCAUGUUCGCCACUGCCCCAGGCUACGCUGCUUUCUUGCACCCUCUGGGUUCAGUCUUCCUCCAAACUCUGUGCGACCUCCUGGAGGAAGAAGGGGGUCGGAGCUUAGAGGUCACUCAGCUCAUGACCCGCCUCAACUACCGGGUCGCGCACAACUUCGAGGCGAAGGGGCGGGACUUGGGAGGGAAGAAGGAGAUGCCUUGCUUCGUCACGCGGCUCACGCGACAGGUCUUCCCAUUCGCCGACAGACUCAAGGAGCCCCUCCCACUAUAGGGGAGGAGACAGUGAAACCACACCCCCCAGGCACAGGGCUGUGCCUCUCAUUAAGGAAUGUGCAAUAUCAAACAAGGGUUACAAGUAAAAGACUGAUACAACAGGAAAUAUAAUAGCUAUACAGUGACAUUCAACAUGGUAUAAUUAUACAGGCAGUGGCUGAAGGGGCUGUGUGUGACAGUUCUUUGCUGGUUUUGUCCACUCACAAACAGAGGGAAUGGGUAUAUUGCCCUUUAAGAAAGAUGUGGGCUAGGAUGUAUACUACACAUUGAAAGUAUACAUGUUUUUUUUUUUUCAAACACGUAUGUUUUAAAGUGGUCGCCUUCAUUUCCUGUGGUUUUGUUUUCAUAUUGAUGUGUUUUGUGGCUGAUCAUGUAGGUGCCGAAGAGCUGUGAGCGGACGUUAUCGUAUUAAAUUGUGAUUUCGUAUUUUUUUUGUAAAAAAUAAAAAAAAAAACAUAUUUAAGUA